CGAACAGGCACUGACUCAGCAAGCCAAUAGAAAUUCAGCGCUGUAACGGUUGUUAUGGAGAUGCUCGUUGUUGCUCAUGUCUGUCUGUUAACAGCAGCCUGAGGAGGACCGAGAGCGCACCGAGCCGCGGCGUCUCCACCAUGCAUCAUCCGUCUUCUACGCGACUGUACCCGUCGAUGCGCCCCGGUUCGCCAGCUCCAGCACCGACCACGACAACAUAAAGGCUGCGGAUUCCUAUCGGGAAUGACAAGGCUCCCAAGAUGGUUCGCAUCGCCAAGGCCCUGGGCUUGUUUAUCCUGAGCGUCGUGGUGCUCAUCCUGUCGCUCAUCAGCUACGUGUCUCUGAGGAAAGACAGCCUCUUCGGCACCGGGAGAUAUUACUCCGGAGGCCCGCGGAUUAUGUUUCAUGCAGGCUUUAGGUCUCAGUUUGCCAUGAAUUUCCUGGACCCUUCCUUCAUCCCACUGACAAACGCCUUGAAUGAGGAGCUCCAAGGAAAACCAUUCAAAUGGAAGUUCAACAAGACAGCAUUUUACAAGCAAAGGAAAGAAAUUUUCAACUACAUCGACAUUCCCCACAACUUCUCCCUCACAAAGGACAGUGUGCGCGUGGGCCAGCUGAUGCACUUUGACUACUCCAGCCACAAGUACGUCUUCUCCAUCAGCAACAACUUCAAGUCUUUACUCCCUGAGGCCUCCCCCAUCCUCAACAAGCACUACAGUACGUGUGCGGUGGUGGGAAACAGCGGCAUCCUGACUGGGAGCCACUGCGGCCCCGUGAUCGACCAAGCCGACUUCGUCUUCCGCUGCAACUUUGCUCCCACUGAGUUCUACUUCAAAGACGUAGGCAAGAAGACCAACCUGACCACGUUUAACCCCAGCAUCCUGGAGAGGUACUACAACAACCUGCUGACCAUUCAGGACAGGAAUAACUUCUUCCUGAACCUGAAGAAGCUGGAGGGAGCCAUCCUCUGGAUCCCCGCCUUCUUCCUUCACACCUCCGCCACAGUAACCCGAACCCUGGUGGACUUCUUUGUGGAGCACAAGGGUCAGCUGAAGGUCGAACUGGCCUGGCCAGGAAACAUCAUGCAUGAUGUCAACAAAUACUGGAAAACUAAGAACCUCUCUCCCAAGCGUCUGAGCACGGGGAUCCUCAUGUACACGCUGGCGUCUGCCAUGUGCGAUGAAAUCCACCUCUACGGCUUCUGGCCGUUCGGGUGGGACCCCAACACAGGCAAGGAGUUGCCGUACCAUUACUACGACAAGAAAGGGACCAAGUUCACCACGAAGUGGCAGGAGACUCAUCAGCUGCCCAGCGAAUUCAAGCUGCUGUACAAGCUGCACAGGGAAGGCGUGAUCAAACUCAGCCUAACACACUGCACAUAGACGUACGAGUGCCAGAUCGUUUCACACAUCACUCCGGAAACCACGACCCACAGAUAGCAACCCAUUCCCAGCAUUUGCUGUGUGACACAUAAGCAUGAUAGAUGGCAUUUGAUUUUUAAUCUAUAGACAGACUCAUAGUUUAUUUUGUCUUGAUAAUGACCAUCUUUCUGGGUGUUUAGAUCACACAAAUGUUCAAUAUGUUGUCGUGCUAAGUAGAACUGUCAUGCUUCUAUGAUUGUCUUUUGCAUGACUCCUUACUAUAGCGUGACCAUUUGGCAAGAAUAAACAUCCCUUCCAGCCGUAAAGUCAAAUCUUCCAGCUCUGAUUAAUGCAAAUGAUUCACCUUUAAAACAGUGUGCUGAUUAUUUACACUGAAAUCACUGCCUAAUCUCAGGGAUUGAGUUAGAUCAGUGUUGUUUCUAAUCAGAUUUUAUGCUUCAAGAGUGGUACAGUUCUUCUUUUCAGGAUUUUAUCCCCAUGAUUUAUCAGACAAUCUGCACUGCUCUCAAAGAUGGUAUUGUUUACAAGAUUGUCACUAUAAAUAUCUUCAUGUUUGUCUUUUUAAUUUCUAUAGAUAGUGCCACUAUCAACCUUAAAUUAUGUUGCAAUGCUUCACUUACUUUUUCUUACAACUAACAUUCCAACAAUAAGCCAUAAAUUCAUAAACAGACAAUAUCUAUUACCAUUUAUUGCAGAUAUAGGUGUCAGCCUACGUUUUAUACUUGGACUAAAGAUAUUUCAGCAAAACGGGAAGCAUUUAAAGUCAAAAUUAAAUAUGCUGUUUAAUAAAUUUACAUGAGACAUUUCACAGAAUAUGUUACUCAAAUUUAAUUACUAUAACAAUAUAUAACAAAUACAAUCUUCAUACUAGUUUUAGUCACUUAACAGUCCAUGUUUUACUUUUACAAUUAGCCUGGAUUUUAAAAAAAUAUAUAUUGAUUGAUAAUUAUUGAACUCAAAUAAGUUCCAAAAUGGUUUCUUCAAAUGUUUGAAGAUUAAGAACUUUAAAUCUGAAAGAGUUGUUUUUUUUUCAGCUAACAUCUCAGCUAAAUUUGUAGUUAAAUGCAUUAAUUAUAUUUUAAAUCUUAACUGCAUUUUCAAUUUUUAACCAAUGCUUGAGAAUCAAAACUGCUGAAUGUGACAAAAUGUUUGUCAUCCGUUCGUUAAUGACUGAAAAACUCACAAUGUUCACUGAAAUAACUUAAAACUGACAAAAGUAAUAAUGAAUAAAACAAUUUUGAACAUUAACCAGUAAAAAUCAGACAUUGCUUCUGAAAUGUGAUUUAACAGAAUCAGCUG